CGUGGAUCCCAAGAAAGAGGCGCAGGACGAGGAGGCAGAACCCGACGGGCGCGUAGAGCAGCAGCGCGAGGAGCAGGAAGCCGUCACCCGGGAGCCUGGGGGCGAGAGGUGGAAUGAUCGGGUGCCGAAGGCCGAGUGAAUGCGGGAGCCGGCCUCUCCCCGCCGGAGCUCUUACCGGUGCGAGUCAAAGAGUCGCUCCGGCCCCGGCGCCUGGGGAGGCUCCAUCGCGGCUAUUUUAGGGGUUUCCAGCCGCCGCCGCAGCCGCCAUCUUCGCGACCUGCCGCAGGGGCUCCUGGGAAGGCGGAGUCUCGGGGCGUAGGCCCAGGGUGCCAGGACCCGAAAUCCUGAGGCGCCCCGGAAGGGCUAGCAGCCCCAGCAUGCCUCGCGGGCCCUCAGGCUGCCUCAGAUCUCCUGCCCCGCAGAGACCACAAUUCCCGGCAUUCGCGGGGCGGGGGCGGAGUCGGCCUCCCUGAAGCCCGGUCCCGGCGUGCUCUCCUGGAGGACUUCAGGUACCGGCGUGCCCCGCGCCCCGCGGUCGCCGCUCACCUCCAGGGCGCCGCCUCUCUGUUAGGGCGGGCGAGGAGGCAGCCUAGGCGGAGCUGAUGGCUGCGCUGAGGGCGGGGCGGGGUGCAGGCUGGAGCCUUCGGGGAUGGCGGGCUUUGGGGGGGGUUCGCUGGGCGAAGGCACCCCUGUUGACCCCUGACCUCCGGGCCCUGUUGACGUCAGGAACUCCCGACCCUCGGGCCCGAGUGACUUAUGGGACCCCCAGUCUCCGGGCUGGCUUCUCUGCGGGGGUCCCUGGACCAAGAACAUGUCUGACGUCCGGGACUUCCGAUUUCCGAGCACGACUGACUGCAGGCACCCCAGAUCCUCAGACCCGGGAGGACUCAGGGACCCCUGGAGCCCGUCCGCGCGCGUGGCUGGCGGUGGCACUGGGCGCAGGGGGAGCAGUGCUGCUGCUGUUGUGCGGCGGGGGUCGGGGUCCCCCGGCCGUCUUUGCCUCUGUCCUUGGCUCGCCGCCCACCUCUCCCCGGAGCCAGUACAACUUUAUCGCAGACGUGGUGGAGAAGACUGCACCUGCGGUGGUUUAUAUCGAGAUCCUGGGCCGGCACCCUUUUUCGGGCCGCGAAGUCCCUAUCUCGAAUGGCUCAGGAUUCGUGGUGGCUUCGGACGGGCUCAUCGUUACCAACGCCCAUGUGGUGGCUGAUCGGCGCCGAGUCCGUGUGAGGCUGCCUAGCGGUGACACGUAUGAAGCCAUGGUCACAGCUGUGGAUCCCGUGGCAGACAUCGCCACGCUGAGGAUUCAGACCAAGGAACCUCUCCCCACACUGCCCCUGGGACGCUCAGCUGAUGUCAGGCAAGGGGAGUUUGUUGUUGCCAUGGGAAGUCCCUUUGCACUGCAGAACACGAUCACAUCCGGCAUCGUCAGCUCUGCUCAGCGUCCAGCCAGAGACCUAGGCCUCCCCCAAACCAAUGUGGAAUACAUUCAGACAGAUGCAGCUAUUGACUUUGGAAAUUCUGGAGGUCCUCUGGUUAAUCUGGAUGGGGAGGUGAUCGGAGUGAAUACCAUGAAGGUCACAGCUGGAAUCUCCUUUGCCAUCCCUUCUGAUCGCCUUCGAGAGUUUCUGCAUCGUGGGGAAAAGAAGAAUUCCUGGUUUGGAAUCAGUGGGUCCCAGCGCCGCUACAUUGGGGUGAUGAUGUUGACCUUGACUCCCAGUAUCCUUGCUGAACUACAGCUUCGAGAACCAAGCUUUCCUGAUGUUCAGCAUGGUGUGCUCAUCCAUAAAGUCAUCCUGGACUCCCCUGCACACCGGGCUGGUCUGCGGCCAGGUGAUGUGAUCUUGGCCAUUGGGGAGCAGUUGGUACAAAAUGCUGAAGAUAUUUAUGAAGCUGUUCGAACCCAAUCCCAGCUGGCAGUGCGGAUCCGGCGGGGACCGGAAACACUGACCUUAUAUGUUACCCCUGAAGUCACAGAAUGAAUGGAUCAGCAAGAGUAUGAGGCUCCUGCUCUGAUUUCUACCUUGCUUUCCUGGCCUAGGCUCUGAGGGCAUCUGGACAGAGGAUUAAAUGAACCCAUGGGGGGCAGGUCCCUCCAACCACCAGCACCAAUCCCUAGGCUCUGAGGAAUCACAAAAACAUUUUUUAUAUAAAAUAAAAUUAUACCUAGCAACAUGUUAUAGUCAAAAAUAGGGGGAGGGACGCUGAUCUUUUCCCCCAUAAAAAGGCUAGAGGUAAAGCUAUAUUCCCCCUGAACUGAGGGGUUAUACUGGAGCUGACCAUCCUGACCUCCUUAUUCAAGAAAGCGAGCUGCUGCUGUCUGUUGUUCUAGCCAGUUAAUCAGUUGCUGC